AUGCAGCCGUCCCCAGCUGGCCCAAUGCCAGAUGAUAUCACGCUCUGUGAGCGUCUUCUUCAUCAGCCGGUAGCCACUCCCCAGGGCACCCUAUUCGACGACGAGUAUAUUGACAGAUUCCAUUACGCGCUGCGGAACCGGUCUGAGGCGCGUCUUCUGGUAGACCUGCAUCCCCUGAUCAUGCCGUCCGCGGAGAAUCAGUUCAUCAAGGGCACGCAGGGCCUGAGAGACGUCAUAGAUGGAUACAAUGAUCCAUGGCUGAAGACUGAGCCGAUCUAUGGUCCAAAGCCGCAGCCUGACCAUUCACGUGGAUUGAAGUGGUCAGUGUUCACUGAGAGCCAGCGGCGCAAGCUCGGCAUCAGACCCGACGAAAAAUCGCCGUAUACGGCGCGCGAAGACAUGUACUUUCCUUACCUGACCGCUGAAAUCAAAUGUGGAAACCAAGCGCUGGAGCUCGCGGACCGGCAAAACAUGCACAGCAUGUGCAUCGCGCUGCGAGCCGUGGUCUCGCUGUGCCAAGCGGCUGGGUGCACAGAAGAGGUGCAUCGGCGGAUUCUCCGAUUUUCGAUCUCUCAUGAGCUCGAUGGCUUUCGCAUAUACGGCUACUAUCCUGAGUUCGAGGAAGGCAAAGUGUUAUUCUACCGGUGGCCCAUUGCGCAACCCAACGUCUGGACUACAGAGGACCGAUGGACGUGCUAUCGAUUCGUGGAAAAUGUGGACCGUGAGUUUCUACCCAUUCAUACUAGUCGGGUGAUUCGCAUACUUGACAGAGUGCCUGGUCCAGAUGAGGGUGCUCCGGAGGUCGAUGUCAGCGAAUUGGAGUCCCAACUGUCCAUCAUUGGGUCGCAGGAACGUCCAGGAUAUCGUAGAGCCGCAUCCUCGCAGAGCCGUGGACUGCAACCUGAGCUACGAAUGAUGGUCCAAACACUGCAGCAACAGCUGGCAGAAUAG